AUGAAUAAAGAAUCAAGCUAUGCAUAUGUAAUAAUUCAAAUUAUUUCUACUAGACAAAAUCAUCCAUGUCUCCAAAUAAGAAUCAAAAAUCAUCUGAAGUUAAUGCUACCUACUCAACUGGUUUUUCUAAAAAAACAACAUACAAGCCAACUCAAACAAAUCAACCACCUAUUUCUAGUUAAUUCCCUGAAAUUACAAAAAAGAAAACUAAAAAUGAUAUACUCUGUUACUCUCAAGGGUUUCAAGACAUCCCUUCAGUUGAAAUUGAUGAGAGGUCAAGAUUUUACAAUUAAUUGUAGGUAUCGAUAUUUGGUUAAAAAUGGAACCAUUAAAAAGAUUGAAAAUGGAGGAAAUAUUGUCUUCUCUGAAUUAUAGCGAAUACAGGUCAUAUGGGUUUGUUAUAGAAGACCUAUGGAAAGAGCAAAUAACUUAGAAAAAUUAAGUCUCGAUUAUUUAGAUUUGACUCAUAUGCCAUUAUUGGAGGGAGAAGAAAAGUUAAGAAUUUUAACUUAUCAACAUAACAGAAUAUAAUGUAUCUAAAAUCUUGUUUCCUUGCCAAAUCUAUUAUAUCUAGACUUGUAUGAUAAUUAAAUUAAAGAAAUCGAUGAAUUGAAAUAAAUUAAAAAAUUCAAAGUAUUAUUGUUUCCUAAAAAUUAAAUCCGUCGAAUACAAAAUUUUAGAUCAUCUCACUAAAUUAGAAGUCCUUGAUUUACAUAGCAAUCGUAUUGCUAAUUUAGAAGGAUUAAGCAAAUUAAAAAGUCUAAAAAUUAUAAAAGUUGAGAAUAAUCUAUUUACAAAAUUGGAAGCACUUGAAGAAUUAAAUACUUUAAUCGAAUUAAACAUUAAAAUGAAUUAAAUUGAGAAUAUAGAUCACGUAUAAGGUAUAAUCAUAUAUUUUAUUUAGUUCUCCCUUAAUUAUAAAAAUUUUUUAUGUCUUAAAACAAAAUAAUUCUUUCCCUAAUAUUUUCAACCUAUCUGAAUUAUCUCUCGAAAAUAACCCUAUUUAAACUAAUAAAUAUGAUUAUUUUAGAUAUAUAUGCUAAACUUUUGAGACUUUAAAAAUUUUAGAUGGAAAACCUAUUGAUUAAAUAAAAUAAGAAAUAUUAUUUGCUGAAAUCCCAAAAUCUGAACCAAUUAAGAAAAAAAUUGUCAAUUUACAACAGAUAUAAUAAUAAUAAAAAUCAAAAAGCCUAAUCAAAUGGGCCUUGAAAUUCAUGGUGUGACUUCAGAAUUUACAACAAAAGAGGAAAUCGUUCCUUUUGAAUAAAUUAAAAGGAACCAACAAAUUAUAAAAAUUCAUAACCAUAAUUAUAACAAUAAGUGUGCAAUAAAUAUAUGUACUUUUAAGCUUUAUUUUUGUGAUUCAACAGAAUUAAAAAAAAUAAAGUAUUCUACUUUCAGAAACGUUUUAAAUUAAGAUAGGAUAAACAAACAAAUAUAUAUUAUAAUCAAAACUGUAACAACCAUAAAGAGAAACAAUUCCAAGUCUAUAGAAUUCUUUGACAAGUACUGUAGCUGCCUAAGAAGACGAUAUUUUAAUAUUGAUUAAAAAAUAAUGGACAGCAGAGUAUAGAAGAAUUCAAAUGUUAGAAAAAAAUAAUUAAUUUAAUAAAAAGAGCUGUUUAUAACAUCAACUUGGAGAAGGAGGUCAUGCUGAAGUCGAAGAUGUAUAACAUUGUGUAUAAUAUUUAGGAUGUCUUUUUAUUGAUUUACGGCACAGCAUCGGCUAUGGUAUUACCUACUUAAAAUUUUAGUUAAAUUAUUCAAAUAAUCCAUUUUCAAUAUGUAUUUUUGAUUCUAUCAUUGACACUUAAUUAUCGAUUUUGAAAGACUAUUCUAAAUUAAGAGAAAUAAUUUUGAAGGAUAAUUACAUCAAUAGUCUAUUAUAAUUCAAAGCAUUUAAAUGA